ACCCGAGAAGGACACCCAUUCUUCGGCCUAAUCCAGACACCGCAAAUCUCUACCCUCACACUGAGCUCAAAGUGUUGCCGGAAGUCGAAUUAGAGAAAUAUGAACGGGUUACUUGUCCGUGGACCUGCAAUUUGUUUUUCAUCUCUGAAAUUUACUCAAGAUUUUCACAAUCAUUCGUACCCUUCCAAGUUCUUCCGAUCAACCGCUUAUCCCAAAUGCAAUUGCAUAAAAAACAAGGUCCCCCAGGGAUUCUCGGUCCUUAAAUCAGAUACUCCUUGUGAUAGGGGAAGUUUGUGGAGCAGCAUGGCUUUCUACCUGUUCAGUGUGCAUGUUCCUUUAAGUUUUGGUGGCUUGUCUGCCGUUACCAGCAUACUGCAUUGUUCAGCUCUAGAUCCACAGACCGAGGCAUUAUCCUUAGUUGUACUUCAGAUGUUAGAGCUUAUUGUGGUUCUGCUUCUUUUAAGAUGUACCGGGAAUCCCCAAUACAAGCUUCGUGAUUUCUUUCAAGAGAAGCAACCAACCAGAGAAAGGAACUGGUUACUUGCGUCAGCUCUUGGCUUUGUGUUCUUGGUUGUUUUAGUUUUCGUAACAUCAAUUAUCGCUGACACUUUGGUUGGUACUAAGGAAGUUAACAAUCCAAUCUUGAAGGAAAUUCUUUCAAGUGGUCCAAUAUCGAUAACAUCAUGCAUCCUGGUCUACUGUGUCAUCACCCCGUUGCUAGAAGAAAUCGUCUACAGAGGUGUCUUCUUAACCGCGCUUUCCUCCACAAUGAAAUGGCAGGAAGCAGUGAUUGUUAGUUCAGUAGUUUUUAGUGCAGCUCACUUCUCUGCUGAAAAUUUCAUACAAUUAUUCAUCAUAGGUUUAAUCCUUGCGUGCUCUUAUUGCUGGAGUGGAAACUUAAAGUCUUGUAUUGUAAUUCAUUCAUUAUACAAUGCUUUAACCUUACUAAUAACAUAUACAUCAUGAAUUGUUGAUGAUGAA